AUGGCUCUGGAUUCUGUGCUUUUGGUGGGAGGAGCCGGCUUUUUGGGACUGCAUCUGAUUGAGCAGUUUUGGCAGCUUGAGAACCGGCCCCAGAUCCACGUGUUUGACGUGCGGCCACUGCCCGAAAACAUCUCCAAGUACUUCACCUUCGACCCAGCCCAGAUCGACGUGUUUGUGGGAGACCUGACCUCCGAAAAGGACGUCAAGGACGCUCUCGACCGGUUCCAGCCACAGGUUGUUGUGCACUCGGCGUCCCCAAUGCACGGCCUUGCCCAAGAAGUGUACGAAAAGGUCAACGUGCGCGGCACUGCCAACCUGCUCCACUGCGCCAAGCAGAAAAAGGUGCCUGCUCUUGUGUACACCUCGUCGGCUGGCGUGAUCUUCGACGGACACGACAUCUACAAUGCGGACGAGAGAUGGCCUAUUCCGGAGGUCCCAAUGGACGGCUACAACGAAACCAAGGCAAUUGCCGAGAAACUGGUGAUGGAGGCUAACUCGCCAGAAGAACACUUCUACACCGUUUGUUUGCGGCCGGCGGGCAUUUUUGGGCCAGGUGACCGUCAGCUUGUUCCUGGUCUGCGUCAGGUGCUGCGCAGGGGACAGACCAAGUUCCAGGUCGGCGACAACAACAAUCUUUUUGACUGGAGCUACGCCGGCAACGUUGCGGACGCGCACGUUUUGGCAGCCCAGAAACUGCUGGACCCCGAGUGUGCCGCCGUUGUAGGCGGCGAGACGUUUUUCGUGACCAACGACGCCCCUACGUAUUUCUGGACGCUCGCCAGAACCGUGUGGAAGGCCGACGGCCACAUCGACAAGAAAAUUAUUGUUUUGAGCCGGCCGGUGGCCAUCGCAAUUGGCUAUGUGUCGGAGCUGGUGUGUGGCUUGAUUGGCAAGGAGCCCGGGCUCACGCCGUUCCGCGUCAAAAUGGCCUGUGCCAACAGAUAUCACAACAUCUCCAAGGCCAAGGAACUACUCGGUUACAGGCCCAAAGUGAGUCUUGCCGACGGCAUAAAGUACACGCUGGACUGGAUGGACGAGACCAAGGCAUAAAUGUGGCUCUAUUUUUCUCUACACAGGAUACACUCCCUCUCGACGCCCAUGUUAUGUAGGCAUCUUGUAUGAUAACCGUGACGACAUUGGAACACCAUGAUAUUUGCGUCGAUCGGCGCGCGCACGACGCCCUGCACACGGUACUCCUGCCACUCAUCAAACACCUGGGCGCUCACCUUCGACCCCCAGAUCGGCUUUCCGCACACCUCGCACUCCAGGUUGGCGAGCGACCAGCCUGAUUCUCUUUUCGCCUGUAGCACCAUCAAUUCCUGGAAAAUGUCGUUGUUCACCAGCCGCAAGAUGAUUUUGUAGAUCACCUCCUGGUGAGAGUAGGCCUGAAAUAUCUCGUCCAGCACGGGCCGCACCUCUUGUAGCGUCGUCAGCUGGACAGAAGAGCGCGUCAGGAACGCGUUGAAGAUGCGAGAAAACGAGUCUGAGUGGUCUCUUUUGAUGUUAAUUAGCGUAGUGAAUGCGUCCUGGACCAGCCGCUUGAAACUGUCCAGUAACGGCCCUUCGGCCGCCACAAAAAAUCCAACCGCAGUCUCCACAAGCCGCAGGUAUAGUCUCUCGUCUGGCUGGAGAUCCUGCGACACGUCUGGAGUGAGCCGCGAUUCGCUAAUGACGUCAAAGCCCAGAUACAAAUACCUCCAGAGGACGUCGCUGUUGUCUGCCUUUUUGAGGUGUGUGGCGCAGUAGGUCAAGGCUUGGAUGAUAUCCUCCACGGCCUGUUCGGUCUCGUUUGCUCUGCGGUGGAUUUCGACAAUCGUCUCGAACUGCUGAUUUU